GCUUGACCAUCACAUCUCCAGCCGCCAUUUUGUGAGGGCGCCAAAAAUGGCCUCGCUGCACCCCAUUAAAUGGGGCGCGAGCCCCAGCCAAACUACAAUGGCUUCUACUCCUCUUCAUUACUUUCGCUGUUUUCCAUACCAUCCUACUCAAAAUCCAUUUCUAUACCAUCCUCAUAUAUUCCUAUCCCACUCUGGAUUUGGCUGCCCCAUCACUUGGUCGUGCGGUAAUCUCGAGUUGCCUUCCCUUGUGUCUGCUACCUGCGGUAGACAUCAAUCGUCUUGUCUAUCAAAAAGGUUGAAGAAUGAAGCAUCUACGCUCUCAACGCAGUGAAAACCUUUACCUUGAAGAGAGCGAUUGUGUCAAUGACAGUGCAACAAGUAGCAAUGAAUCAGAUGAUCGGUCGGAUGCCAGCUUUGAAACAGAUCUCACCGAGCCUGACUUCCAGCCACCGGCGAGAAAGCGGCACAAAGCGGAUAAGAGCGGCCCUGCCCCGAAACUAGCACAAGAGAACGGUCUGGGAGAAUUCUAUGAUGAUCCUCUUGACGAUACCGGAGUAGAUCUCUCUGAGAUUCCUGAGGAUUUUGAUAAAGCUGAAGGUACCAUCACACGGCGUGAGCGGAUUGAAGUCCGCUGGAAACGGUUCUGUGCAGGCAAAAUACGACUAGAGCCCAACGAGCCAAAAUGGCAGGAACCUGAGGAAGCCCUACGCCAGGCAUCGAAUAACGAUAUGUACCGAUUUUUGGGGUGGUGUCUCAAACUCAAGCGAGGGAAAGAUAAUCGAAAGUUGAAAGGCAUCCACAAGUCUAGCUCAUUGAUGACAGACUGGAAGAACCUACGUGGAUACUACCAAAAGGUUACCAAGAUUAAAAUUAAUGACCAGGACGGCUCGGAAGUGCGGAGGGGCAUCAAAUUUCUGGUUGAAGAGAACAGAUUAGAUACCCAGCCCGGAAAGAAGACACCAGUUUAUAUUGAAGAUAUUGUCCCCUUAAACGAGACAAUCCUAUCUACCCAGGAAAAGAAGUUUUAUCUAGGCUUCCAGCGCAUCCAGGUGUGUCUGUUCAAUUCCCUGGCAUUGUUCACUGUCCACCGGCGGAGUGCGCUGUUAAGUCUGCAGUUUAAGGAUCUGCAGAUCUCUCUUCAGAAGGAUCCCCGCGGUGGGCCCCCGAUUCCUAUGGUCGAACUAACAGCUGAGGGAACGAAAAAGUUCCUUGGAGUAACAAAAUUGACUACCUUUGCACUUCCUGAAGUGGUCUACGGACCGUCAUUAGUGCUGUGCCCGCAUACACUGCUAUUCGGGAUUUUAUUCCACGCCAAGGCGUUCCGGAAUCAGAAUUUGAGGUCAAAGGCUCAGUUGCGGACACUCUUUAUAAGCAAGAGCUGCGAGCAACUUCUGGUGCCUUUAGAUCGAGACAAGGCUGAUUGGUAUGUCUUCUGUAAGACCGAGUUAGUCAAAGGCGUUCCGACCAUCCAACGGACGAAACCCAUGACGAAGUCAGCGAUGUCGAGCCUGCUGGUUACCUUUGGGGAGAUUCGCGGGUGGCCAGGCGCGUUCCAUGCACAUCAGUUCCGGUAUGGGAGUGGGAAGGUGGUCAAUGAGAGUGGGUGGGUUAGCAAGGAACAACAUAUGUUGAUCAUGAAGCAUGCUAGCCCACGGACCUUUCUUGAACAUUAUCAUCCUCUACAGCUUGACACAGAUAUGAUCCGGAUUAUCUGCGGCCUUGACCCGGACGUGGAACUGAUGCGGGCUGUAACGCGGCAAAGUCGUUGGCGAGACACUCGACGGCCACGGUACCUGACUGACCAGCAGAAAGCCCAGGUUGAGGAUCAUCCCGAGUUAGAAGAGGCCCGCUGCAAGCUAAGCAAGGCGCGUGCCCAGUACGAGGAGACUCAGAAACCUAGUCUGCUUCCCCGCAUUCAACAACUAGAGAAAGAGGUGAAGAACACGCGAAAACGGUUGUUAAGAGCCCUGCGGCAUAGAGUUCGUGAGGACUUUGAUGAAGAGCAAGCGUUCCUGGAUAUCGAGGCGCAGCUGUCUGGUACGGCUGUCAAGGAAGAGGGUGAGGACGAAUCACUCUUGGAGAAUAAUAUGCAUCCGCUCCAGUUGCAUCUUGUGCAAUGUCUUGUUUCAUAUCCAAUGUCCAAUUCACUGGAGGAUGAGUGGAAUCGGCGCGAUGCGGGCGCCGCAGCAGUCGUACAGUACUGUGAUGUCCUUGAAGGGGGUCCGCUGAGGGGCCGUCCCAAGCGUGAGACAUCCGAACCUAGUGUGUCAGAUAGUCCCUCGCAGCCCCACGUUGCGCGCCAAGCCCAAGACGACGUUGACCGACGCGAGGCUCCUGUUUCUGUACGUGACGAGCGGUUGCGUGCGACCAGGGAACACAUUCAGGAGUCAAAAAAACCUCAGUCUUGCUUUCAAUGUUUUGCGGAUGAGAAGCAGCCUGAUGACGUUCGCUGUAAAAAGUUUCAUGACACUGGAUGUGUAACACGGCACUUUGACGCCAUUCACCUGAACGAAGAGCCGCUCAAGUGUGAGUGGUGUGAGGUGGUCUUGUUGCAUAAAAUGGCGUUCCAGCGCCAUGCUCACGAUGUACAUCGCGUGCGCAGUCGCUGGCGUUGCCCGGAUCCGGCAAAUCCAAGCAAAUAUUAAGUGUGGCAGGGGUGGCGUACUGCAGCGUUGAAGGGUUGUCCACUGGUCGAACAACCCAAGGCCUGCUUUCUCUAUAUCGGUAAUCCCGAUCCCUCUAGAGUGGAUUUAUAUAUAUAUAUAUGUAGGUUAUCUGGUAUUAAUUGGUUAUCAAAUCAAUCAGAUUUUGAUCCUUAUUUAACUACCUCAACAGCCUAUCUAGGUGGGAAUCAUGAAGCCUUUAUAUGUGGCCUGAUUACCGUAGUUUUCAACAAUCCACACACUUCCGCGGGUGGUCAAUUCACCAGGCAUAUAUCAGGUGCCUGCGAUACUAGGUAAUUUC